CGGGAAACAGUAGAAGUCACAUUUGUGCUCGUACAAGCGAGGGUGAUCUGGCGUGUUGUUCUUUGAAUUAUCAUGGUUAAGCUUUCUACUUUACCAGAUGGCAUUGCGGAUAGCUUGGAGAGUUUAGAGAAAGAGUUUGAAGAUGAGCUUCUCACCAAGAAGGGCUAUAUCAAGAAAAAAUACCUAUUGAUGAAAGCUUACAUUCCACAAUAUGCCAUAGAAAGUAUUGAAAGUCUUGAAAAAAAGUCAAAAAAUUCUUCCAUUGAGGAGGAAUCCUAUCUAAAUCAACUGGAUGAAAUCCUCAAUGAAUUUCAACCAAGUAAAACUGUUCAGAAGGGACAAGGAAGUAGUAGCUCAUGCAGUGAUCAUGAAAUGAGAGACGAUAGUGAGCAACAUGUGACCAAUGGUUCUAAUGGAUAUGCAGAAAGCUUACAAAAUGAGGAUACAGUACAGGAGGACAAGCAUGGAGAAGAUAAAAAUAGAAAUGGCAACUUUGAAGAGAAUGGUGAUACAGAGGAAGAAACUCCACUUAAUGGUUCCUCAUGUGAAACAGAAAUUAAAACAACCACUAGAAAAAAAAGAAAAGAACAAGAGAAGUCUGGAAAGAAAGCAAAGACAAGUCCACACAGACAACCUGGUAUUGCAGAGAUUUUUUCAAAAGUUCCAUGCAAAAGAAAGGGACCUGGAAAUGGUGAUGACCAGGAAAGUGCAUCUAGUAGUGGCAUGAGUGGUGCAGAUGUUGAUACUGCAGAAACCCAGCAAGAGAAAAAGAUUAAACUGGAUGACAAUGGGGAUGAAAAGAAAGGCAGUGCUGAACCAGAUUCUAGCGAAAGCAAGAGGAAAAAGAUCACAAACUCUAAAGUUCAGAUUCCACCCAGAUGUAAUGAAUGCCGUCAGCUUCUAAACAAUUCAGAAUUGAGGAUGUUUAGUGGAGAUGGUGAAGAUGCUGUGGAAGAGUUUAUUGCUUUGGUGGAUCCUAAGCUGUCAUUGUUUACAGGAGAAGAAGAACAGUUUGGUAGCUAUGAUGACAAACCACAGCAUAAACUCACCAACUUCAGUGUAUAUGACAAGAAUACCCACCUGUGCCCAUUUGAUACUGGUCUGGUCGAGAAGAAUGUAGAAUUGUAUGUAAGUGGCUACGUAAAGCCUGUGUAUGAUGAAAACCAUGUCCUGGAAGGUGGUGUCCCCACAAAGAACAUGGGUCCAAUCAAUGAAUGGUGGACAGCUGGAUUUGAUGGAGGAGAAAAAGUUCUUAUUGGAUUCACAACAGCAUUUGGUGAAUACAUUCUAAUGCAGCCUUCAGAAGAAUAUAAACCCUUCAUGGAAGCCAUGGCAGAGAAGGCUCUACUCAGCAAGAUUGUAAUUGAGCUUCUAAUAGAGAAUGCAGAUGCAAGCUAUGAAGAGUUGCUAUAUAAAGUACAGACUGCUAUUCCAUCAGAUAAUUGUACAGAGUUUACUGAAGAGUCCCUUUUGAGACAUUCACAGUUUAUAGUAGAGCAGGUUGAAAACUUUGACGAAGCACGAGAUUCAGAUGAGCUUCCCUUGUUGAUUAGCCCAUGUAUGAGAGAUUUUAUUAAACUCAGUGGAGUGACACUGGGCAAGAAGCGAGGAGCAAGAAAAGUUAAAAUAAAGACAGAAGUAAAGAAGCGAGGCCCUACAAAGGCCACUACAACCCCUCUUGUUCGGCACAUUUUUGACAUAUUCUUCAAGAAUCAAAUUGAGGGUAAAGGUGUCUCAGCACCACGUCGUACGAGGUGUGGUAUCUGUGAAAAAUGUCAGCAACCUGACUGUGGCAAGUGUAAAUACUGCCGGGAUAUGGUGAAGUUUGGAGGCACUGGACGCCAAAAACAAUCAUGCUUGGAAAGGAGAUGCCCGUAUAGAGACAUCAAGGAAGCAGAAGACAAUGAAACCCUUGAAGAAUAUGAUAAAGACUCUGAACUAGACAAUAGGAAAGGUGCCAACAAAGUUCACCACAAGAUUGCUCAAGACCAGAAGAUUGUCAAGACUAAAGUAAAGUGGAUAGGAGAACCAGUCAGAGAAACCAACACAAGGCGUUAUUACUCAAGUGCGCUCAUCAACAAGGAAGAGGUCACUGUUGGUGAUUUUGUUCAAGUCUGUCCAUAUGAUCCCCACACACCUUUAUACAUCGCUUGUGUGUCUUACAUGUGGGAGAACUCAAAAGGAAAGAAGAUGUUUCAUGCUCGCUGGAUGACUCGUGCUUCUGAUUCUGUUCUUGGUGAAUCAGCUGACCCACGUGAACUUUUCCUUGCUGAUGACUGUGAUGAUAACCCUCUAGGUUCAAUUCUUAGGAAAUGUACUGUUACUUACAGAGAUCCUCUAAAACACGGGAACAAACUCACAACAGAAGAAGAAGCAGCAAAUGAUGAUCAACAUGAUGAAAAUCAUUUCUUUUAUCAGAAAUGGUACAACAGUGAUAUGGGACGGUUUACAGACCCUCCUAUUGAAUACACAGUAUCAGUAGAGAGAGCCAAAACAAACUACUGCGAGAUCUGUACACGGAAUGAUGCACAGGAAAAGUUUGACACAGCAUUUGUCAAAGGUGAAAUAGAAGAUUCUGGAUCAAAGACUGGCUACAAGACACUAGCCUACAAGGGCAUCACAUAUAACAUUGGCGAUUAUGUUUACUUAGAAGAUGGAGCUUUUACAUUCAAUGUCAAACAGAAGCCAUUAGUAAAACCAACAGUAAAGAGUGAAGGCACGGUUGAUGAAGAACUCUACCCAGAGUAUUACAGAAAGUCUUCAGAUUAUGUCAAGGGGAGCAAUCAGGAUGUACCAGCUCCAUAUCAAAUAGGUCGAAUUGUAAAGAUUCUUACCAAAAAUGUGUCAGGAAAGUUGAAGUCUGAUGAAGAGGUUUUCUUGAAUGUGACAAAGCUCUACAGAYCUGAAGAUACUCACAAAGGGCCCAGUGCUGGACACCAAGCUGAUAGUAAUCUUCUGUACUGGACUGAUGAGGAAUGUUCAGUAUCUGUGUCACAUUUGCGUGGUAAAUGUACUGUGGUUUACGGUGAAGAUAUUGAUGAGACUGUGGAGACGUACACUGCUAACGGACCUGACAGGUUUUACUUCUUUGAGGCAUAUGACAGCAAGAGAAAGGAAUUUCAUGAGCUAUCCAUAGAGGCAAGAGAGCAGCUCAUGUCCAAAAAGGGAAAAGGCAAAGAAGGCAAGGGGAAGGGAAAAGGAAAAGGAAAGAUGGCCGCUACUGUAAAGGAAAGUGAUGACAAGUCAAAAAAAGAGGAAGUCAAAAAGCUGAAAAGUCUGGAUGUCUUUGCAGGAUGUGGUGGUUUGUCAGCCGGUCUUCACCAGGCUGGAGUUGCGGAGUCCCUGUGGGCUAUUGAGAAAGAGGUACCCGCUGCCCAAGCAUUCCGACUGAACAACCCKGAUUGUACCGUAUUUACCGACGACUGCAAUGAGCUCCUAAAGUUAGCAAUGGAUGGAAAAGAGACUAAUUCCAAAGGACAAAAGCUCCCCCUCAGGGGUGAGGUGGAGUUGUUAUGUGGUGGCCCCCCAUGUCAAGGCUUCAGUGGUAUGAAUCGAUUCAACACCAGAGAAUAUUCUUUAUUCAAGAAUUCUCUGGUYGUUUCUUAUCUGAGCUACUGCGACUUUUAUCGACCGCGCUUCUUCAUCUUGGAAAACGUUCGAAACUUUGUGUCUUUCAAGCGUAGCAUGGUUCUCAAGCUUACUUUGAGAUGCUUGUUGCAAAUGGGAUAUCAGUGUACUUUUGGAGUUCUUCAAGCAGGUUCUUAUGGAGUUCCACAAACACGACGAAGAGCCAUCAUUAUUGCUGCAGCACCUGGGGAGGUGCUACCUCUCUACCCAGAACCAACUCACUGCUUUCAUCCACGCGCAUGUCAGCUAACCGUCAAAGUCGACGACAAAGUGUUCCGUUCCAACRUAACACGUACGUCCUCGGCACCAUACCGUACUGUGACAGUACGGGAUGCUAUGGCCGAUCUACCGGGGAUUGAUAAUGGGGCUUCUGCGUGUGAAAUCUCGUAUGAUGGGGAAGCGAUAUCACACUUUCAAAGACAGAUCCGUGACAAUCAGUACCAGCCAAUGCUGAGGGACCAUAUAUGUAAAGAAAUGAGUGCUCUGGUCGCAGCAAGGAUGCGUCACAUCCCUCUUGCACCAGGCUCUGACUGGAGAGAUUUGCCUAACAUUGAGGUUCGUCUUCCCGAUGGCUUCUCUAAGAAGCUGUGUUAUACACAUCAUGACAAGAAAAACGGCAAGGGUUCCAACGGCCAAUUACGUGGAGUGUGCUCAUGCGCAGAGGGACAACCUUGUGACCCUGCUGACAGGCAGUUUAACACGCUAGUGCCAUGGUGUCUACCUCAUACUGGAAAUAGGCAUAAUAACUGGGCAGGCUUGUACGGACGACUUGAAUGGGACGGGUAUUUCAGUACUACAAUCACUAACCCAGAGCCAAUGGGAAAACAGGGUCGAGUUCUGCACCCAGAGCAACACCGCGUUGUCAGCGUACGAGAGUGUGCUAGRUCMCARGGUUUCCCKGACACUUAUCGAUUCUUUGGGAACAUACUCGAUAAACAUCGACAG